UGUGUUCUCCUUAAUUGCCUCAGAGCCGCUCAAUUUUGUUGUUAAAGGCUGAGCUCCCUGCGGGAAUUGGACAUGUUUGUCCGCAUCUCCUCUCCUUGCCUGCUCUUCACGUCCCUUUCAGAACGACCCGUACCUCUUGAAAAGACCCCAUUGGACUUUAGAAAGCUUUUUAUUUUUAUUUGAAUAGUUUGCCAGAUUUCUUUUUCUUUUGAAAAGUUUGAAGUCUGUAGUCAUUACAACUGUGUAGAGAUUAUGAGCCAAGUUGUCCAAGCAGCUUAGUCCCAAAGUGGUAGGGGCUGCAGAACUUCAGGGGAGGAAGCGAGGCAUGGGAUGCUGACCGCACAAUGCGGUGGCCUGGAGGUCCUCAAGUAUGUUCCAUGUAAUGAAGCACAAUCACUACAUCUCCCGAUUUGGCAGCAAACUUGGGUUGCAGUGCGUGGGUAUGCAUGAGAAUGGCAUCAUCUUUAACAAUAAUCCAGACCUCUGGAAAGUAAUUCGGCCUUUCUUUAUAAAAGCUUUGUCAGGCCCUGGGCUUGUUCGGAUGGUGGCAAUUUGCGUUCAGUCCAUUGUAACGCACCUGGACAGGCUGACGGAGGUAACCACUGAGUCGGGCUAUAUUGACGUGCUGACCCUCAUGCGGCGCAUCAUGCUGGACACCUCUAACAUGCUCUUCUUGAGGAUCCCCUUGGAUGAAAAUGCCAUCGUGGUUAAGAUCCAGGGUUAUUUUGAGGCAUGGCAAGCUCUCCUUCUCAAACCAGACAUCUUCUUUAAGAUUUCUUGGCUAUACAAAAAGUAUGAGAAGUCUAUCAAGGAUUUGAAAGAUGCCAUGGAAAUUCUGAUAGAAGAAAAAAGACACAGGAUUUCAACAGCAGAGAAAUUAGAAGACUGUAUGGAUUUUUCCACUGAGUUGAUUUUUGCUGAGAAACGUGGCGACCUGACAAGAGAGAAUGUGAACCAGUGCAUAUUGGAAAUGAUGAUCGCGGCCCCUGACACCAUGUCUGUCUCUAUGUUUUUCAUGCUGUUUCUCAUUGCAAAGCACCCUAAGGUUGAAGAGGCAGUAAUGGAGGAAAUCCAGACUGUUGUUGGUGAUAGAGACAUAAGGAUUGAUGAUAUGCCAAAAUUAAAAGUGGUGGAAAACUUCAUUUACGAAAGCAUGCGGUACCAGCCUGUAGUGGACUUCAUCAUGCGCAAAGCCCUACAAGAUGACGUAAUUGACGGCUACCCGGUGAAAAAGGGGACUAACAUUAUCCUGAAUAUUGGAAGAAUGCAUAGACUCGAGUUUUUUCCCAAGCCCAAUGAAUUUACUCUUGAAAACUUUGCAAAGAAUGUUCCUUACAGGUAUUUUCAGCCAUUUGGUUUUGGGCCCCGUAGCUGUGCAGGAAAGUACAUUGCCAUGGUGAUGAUGAAAGCUAUCCUGGUCACACUUUUGAGACGCUUCCACGUGCAGACAUUGCAAGGAAUGUGCGUAGAAAACAUGCAGAAAAAAAAUGAUUUGUCCUUCCACCCAGAUGAGUCUUGCAACUUUCUGGGAAUGAUUUUUAUCCCAAGAAAUUCAGGCAUGUGCCUCGAACACUAAAGAAGGCCAGUCAGUACUUACUCUGGAUCAUUCUCAUCAGUAAUUCACAUGGAAACCAUCCAUCCUUGACAGGUAGUCUCAUCCUCACAGAGAACAUUUGGUGGCCCAUGGCAUUUUAUAGGCAUCUUUCCUAUGAGUUGUCAGCAAACUGGGAGCUAUUGGUCAUCUGUUCUCAUUCAAACCAGAGAACCACGCUGCAAGAGAAAAAGACAGAGUCCUAAAGUGUGUGGGGGAGAUGUCCAGUGAAGAAAAUGCAGCCAUAAAGGCCCAAUUCCACAAAAUGUGUUUUGGAAAGGAUGCACUCAAGUUGAUUAGAAGGGCCAGGCCAGUGUCUGGGUAGCUGGGGUCAAACAUAUCUGUUAGUAUAGAUAAAGCUUUAAUUUGGUUUUUGGUGGGGUGGGACAGCAACAUUUAUAGUCUUUGGAGAAGUGUUUACAAAUUCAGCAUUUGAUUUUUUCCAUGAAUUAUGUCCAAUUAACUCUUGUUUAUCCACAUGUGAUCUUUUGUGGCAAAAAUUAAGUUGGAGGAUAUCCUUUCCCAGUCUCUCAAUUCAUGCCUCAGCCACUUACCUCUGCUGCAAUAGGUAUAGAUUCAGGUAAUACAAGCUAACUUAGUAACAGCCUGAGUGAAAUAUAAUUAGGACCCUAUAUCUGCUUUAGGACAAAAAAAUCAUAUGAUGCAUUUCAUAUUCAACUAAAAAUUUUUCUUUGCAUGUUUUCAUUGUUGCUUACCUCCAUUAGUGUUGCUAAUCAAGAGAUAACUUUGUAUAGUGGCAUCUAUUAACUCUUACCACAGCUUCAGUGAUUUGGGGGAGAGAGAAUCCUCUAAAUCUAUCUCUAAUCCUAUAGACUAGUGGGUUCAAACAUCUAUGGAAGGCUCCUUUCAUCCUAUUAUCCUUCUACCCUCCACAUUUUAUCCCUCUCUUUGUUUCCAUGACCUCAAAAGCCAAGGACAACAGAUCAGUAAAGAACAUGGUCAAGGUAGAAUGCCUACAAUCAUUUUUUAUUCUACCUCAGAUUUAAUAGUUACUUUAGAGAUCUGACAGUUAUCUAGUUCAUUGAAUCAUUGUAUGUACUCAUGGAUAAAAUGUGUAUCUUGGAAUUAGCUCUCUAAAGGGAAUCAAAUAAACCACUUUCCAAACCA